AUGAGCCGGCUCGUGAGUCGAGUAUCGCUCAGGCCAAGAAUACGAAUAUGGCCAAUACAAAGGGCGCUGUUCCACCAGAAAAUGCCAGUAUACUCAGUGGCAGACCGAAUAAAAAGUAUGCUGCCCCAGGUCAUUCCCGGAGAGCCUGUUUUCGCAACAGAGACCGGGCCCUCCCCGAUCAGCAUCCAGGAGAUUUCGUGUGAACAAGAGGCUGAAACUGUGAGCCAAGCCAAAAGGGUUGCCCAGAAAGGCGAUAUCAAGCACGCAUGUGAGCUGAUACUUGCCACUGUGCCGUUUAAUCAAAUCUUAUCUGUAUUUGUUGACGAGAUCGUGCCAGUGCUGAAAAUUUCGACGUCCCUCGAUUCCCCACAAAGCAUUCCGUUGUAUAAUUUGGUGCUAGUUUUGCAAGCUAUGGGACAUGGACCGCUUGCAUCUCAGCUUUUGAUGGAGCUUGAUGCAGAUAUUGAACAGAUUUUAUCGGACCUGCAGCUAGCGGAAAUCCUUCAGGAAGUCACCCCAAACCUGCAGAUAGUCGAUGAAUUUUUUUGGAGCUCAACUCAAAUGCAUUUCCCGCAAAUUCUAUACAACCAACAAGUAUCAUUGUGGCUUCGAGCCAUAGUUAUGGCCCACGUGAGUCGGGGUGGUAGAGCGUAUUUUGAAACGACCCUCCAAAGGUACGGAAAACAUUUUCAAUCUAACGAAGCGAUGAACCUGAUUUUAAAGUCUAAUCCACAUGCAUACAGCUCAUUGAGCUCUUAUUUAUUGAACGGCGAACAUUCUAAUUCUCUUGCGGGACUUAUUGACGCUAUCGACAGCUCAAAACAGCUGCACAAUUUAUGGAAAAAGUUAAAGCCAGCACCGGAUCACUCAGUUGUAGGGCAUGUGCUGCGCAAGGCCAUCCAUCUGAACGCAAGUUACACAAUUCCAAGUAUUGUUCGAUACACCAGCGACACUAAUCUGUUGACCAAAGCCCUGGUAGCUACAGCGUGGUCGCAAAAAUUACCUCCCAAGAACGACGACAGAGCUUUGACAACCGCCUGGGAUGUCCAAUCCGAGCAGGUUACUCGGGUUGUUGAUAAUUUAGGCGAAACCGUCGUCGACCAGGUCGUCGCUCAGAGCGUCAAGUCUAUUAGCAACUCGGAAUCUCCCGGACGAGUAUUAUGGGCUCUACUACUUGGCAUUGAAAAAUCAAAACUGUCGAAAUCUCACAGCUUCCCGGCCGUGGUGGUCCGACAGUUUUCGCGGGCCCUAAUGCAACGGCCGCUCCUGGAACAGCUGAGAUUCAUGACGCUUGAUCUAGUCACCUCUGCGGGCAUUUCUCAGCUUCUAAAGUCCCACGUCUCUAAAAUGAUCUACUAUCGCCGCUUGCAUAAACUUCCGCCCCUAAGUUUAGAACAGGACGAAAACGUGAAGCUCAUGUUGGCAGGUAUGAUUGUGAUGUCAGAAAAAAUGAGCCCCGACCACAACGACGGCAUUCAUCUUAUCAGGGUGGUUAAAGAGCUUUUUGAAAACUGGGACCCCAAAGUUGCUGCCAAACUGGUCGAGGACUUGAACGACCGUCACAGGCCAUCUAGCGAGGUAGCUAUGGCCACGAUGGGGCUGCUGCUAAAGCACGGUAACGUUGCUUUGACAGUCCAGCUUAUGCGUGAAUUGGGCCCGGAUAAGCUUGAACCUCCGCAAUUGCACCAAAUUUUGGUGAGAGUAGGUCGUGAGCUUCCUAUUGUCAUUGUCCCACUGGUAUCUUGGUUGAUUCGAACCCAUAAGGCGUUCAUUCCUCCGUCCGUUAUUCGCAAGCUGAUUGUCUGUUUGAACAAAACUACUCAAAUGUCCUAUUCUCAGCGAUUUACCAGGACUACUCGGUUACUUAGCAUCCUGCGGGGCCUUGGUGUCGGCCCCGGUGCUGUUGCCGCGGCUGCUAUGGUUGACGCCAUGAUCAAAGCUGCCGAAGAGUCUGGCAGAGGGAGUCGCCGCAGACUGCAAUGGGCUCUAGACAUUUGCCAGCGCGAAGGAGUCCCGGAGGAAAAGGUCAAGCAUUGGCUGGCCAAAGUCGUCGAAAUGAGAUCAAGUGGUAAAGGAUACUGGGCGAAAUAA